AUGAUUUCCUCUUUGUUGCAGGUUGAUACUGAAGAUGUCUGGACGUGGACUCCUGAUCCUGUGGAGGGGUAUACGGUUAGGGUGGCCUAUCGUACGAUCAUUGAUAGGACGCCUCCCACUAAUAUUGUUCCAGCGGCUCUCUUAUGGAGAAAGGAUGUCCCGGUGAAGGUGUCGGUUUUUCCUUGGCGUCUUUUUCGGCAUAGAUUGCCUUCUAAAACAAAUCUGUUUCGUCGAGGCAUUAUUCCUUCUGAGGCUCAACUAUGUAUUAGUGGUUGCGGUCAACAGGAGUCCGAGACUCAUUUGUUUUUAUCUUGUACUCUUUUUGGUCAUAUUUGGCAGCUUAUUCGGAAUUGGCUUGGUGUUUAUUCUGCGGAUCCGGGUAACAUUGUGGAUCAUUUUCAUCAGUUUGGCACUUCUUCAGGUUACGGAAAAUUAAGAUGCUCUCUUAAGCAUUUGAUUUGGUUUGCAACUGUAUGGGAGAUAUGGAAAGAAAGGAAUGACAGAAUUUUUCGUGGUCAAGAACGUUCUCAUUAUCAAAUGUUGGAGGCCAUUAAACUUCUCUCGUUUUGGUGGUUUAAGGUUAAAUUUACUGUAUUUCCUUAUUGUUUUCAUGAUUGGUGCUAG